UCCUCGAUAAAAACGUGUGUUUAUUAAUGUAUCUAAAGUGAUUCUUAGAGUAACAGGUUAUUAAUACUAAUAUGGAAACGUGUAGCGUAUACAGCUAAAAUAAUAACAUUAGCGCUGAUGCAGGUACAGUACAGUGACAUAUAUUUAUGUGGUCAAUAUUCCGUUGCUUUGGUAGCACUGAAUCCAAGUUGCGACAAGUUGUGUUGCUAAGGUAACCGAAAGUAAAUAAACAAGGGUAGAGUAUAAAGUACGGGAGGUGUGUUGACAAAGCGGAAUCUAAAACUAAUAACUUGUUAUGUUCAGCGAACAUUCUUCCGAAUCUGUAGGUUUCUCGUCUGCUUGGAAAUCAGAAAGGGCUGUCUGUGAUGGAGAGACCCAAACAAAUGAUUGUCAGAGUGUUGACAAGGAGGCCCAAGCGAUGACUUCGAGACAUGCGGAGAUUCAGACAGAGGAGAAAGAGCAGACUUCCUGUGCUCCUCAAGUGGACUACUCUAGACUUGCUUCAUUUUUAAACAGGGUUUGCCCUGCAGUCGUAACAGAACUCGAAAAGAAUAACAGAAGCCGUGCAUUUGAUGAUUUAUGCUAUGCAAACAAUUAUGAAGAUGACAUAACUCAAGCACAAAAGUUGUACACUCUACAGCCAUCCAGUGCAGCAUGUGAUGUAGAGGUAAAAGUCACAGGAGUGUCAUGGAACUGCAAUGGUAGUAUCUUAGCUGUGGCAUCCAGUGCUGUGAAGCAUGAGGCAUGGUGUGACCACAGGGGAUCAGUCUCCCUGUACAGUGUCAGUAGAAAGAAUUUCGACCCUACAGCUGCUCCACAGAAAACAUUGGAAACAACUUCUUGCACAACGGCCCUCGCAUAUCAUCCAUAUGUGCCAUCUGUACUAGCUGCUGGAACAUUCAGUGGUCAUGUUAUUGUAUGGAAGGAAGGUGGUGAAAUUGAGAUGAGCUCAUGUUUACAUAAGGAUAUGGUCAGUCAAGUGCUAUGGCUUUCAGAGCAUAUGAAGUCUCAGCCAUUACUAAUAUCAUCAGGCAGAGAUGGUCGCCUACUAUCUUGGCAUGUCUCUACCACUGGAAGUAACUUACAGCUGGCUGUUGGGUUUAUGAUUACAAUGGAUCAUGGAAUUCAACGAGUUCAUUCACCUCUAGGAUCACAUGGUGUAGGCAAGGAGUUGGGCAUCAUGUGCUUCAGCUUCUUUAAGCAGGAUUCGUCGUCAUUUGUGGUUGGAGUGGAGGGGGGAGGAGUUCUUCGCUGUUCCACACUUACUUCAAAACCCUCAACUGUAUCUGAUCCUGAUAUUCCACUGACAGAUCCAGUACUUAGUUCAUUUCAGCAUCACAUUGGUGCUGUAACAUGUGUUAUGUGUUCACCUCAUGAUCGUGAUCUGUUUGUAUCAUGUGGGACUGAUGAGAUGCUCCACAUUUACAGCUAUUUGCAGAAUGCUCCAAUGCAGUGUGUACAUACUAGAGGCAUUGGAGUGUCGUUGACUUGGUGGCCUACUGAAGACAAUUUGAUUGCAGUUUGGGGAACUUCACUUGAAAUCAUCAAUGUGCUCAACUGCGAUAAAAUAGCUGCUCCAAAGCUAAAUGGGUUGUAUCCCAUCUCUUGUGUCAGCUCUCAUCCCCAAAGUACUUACAUGGUUGCCAUUGGAAAUGUUAGAGGAUCCGCAACAGUAUGGAGAGUUCCUUUGAAAAUGGAACUUGGGAAUCAGUAGAGGAACAAGAAAUGAGAAAUCUAAUUUAAUAUUAUAAGAACAGUGUAUUUUUAAUAAACAGUAUUAUUUGCUGAAUAUUAUGCAGAUGAUAUAAACACAAAUCUCCUUGGAAUGAGAGAGAGAAUGUUCGUGUGUGUGUGUGUGUGUGUGUGUGUGUGUGUGUGUGUGUGUGUGUGAGAGAGAGAGAGAGAGAGAGAGAGAGAGAGAGAGAGAGAGAGAGAGUAAUGUUUGCAUGGAAAGUGAGAAUGAAGAUGAUAGAGAACUGAAAAAGGCGUAAGAUGAAGUUCCACAUGAGAUAAGGCAGCCAAGGCUGUACACAAAAGAGCAGCAGUUAAUGUUAUUGAUUCUUCAGUAAACUCUUCAAAUGAGGAAAUAUGACAAAGAACAUAUAAAUAAAAAUUAGUUUUAUAUAGAAACUACUUCUGAAUCCAGUGGUCAAGUGUUGUGUAGCAUCUGUUGACGAUGCAAAUUGUUAUCCAUUUUAAUAGACUCAAACAGCUUCAUGUACCGUAAAUCACUAAAUAAACAUGUACCUUGCAGAGCAGUA